AGCCAUCAAACACCCUUCCCCAAUCGCACAAACACCACCACCGCAACCAUGCACCUCACCCAAAUCCUCGCCAUUCUAGGCGCCACCCUCACCGCCGCCCAAUCCGACGAACAACAACGCACUCAGCUCCACAUCGGCACCAUCGAAGGCUGCGGAACCAACAUGCGCGGUCCCAACUGGUUCGUCUGGUUCGACAACCAAUCUCCCUGCUCCGGCAUUGAUCUCGGCCUCGUCAACUCCUACACCGACUACGGACUAUGCGAUGUGACUGCCCAGAUCCCAGGCCAGCCGCAAGUCACCUUCGAAGGCUGCGCCAGACGACCCGAUAUUAUGAGUCACGCUGGGCCCCCUGCUGUGGCAAUGCUGCAGAACGGACCUGUUUUGGCGUGCAGGGCUGUUAAUGAGGAGAAUUUUGUGUGUCCGUCGCCUUGUGAUAGUAAUGCGAUGGUUACGGUGACGAGGAACUAUAUUUGUGCUGAGAUGGGGGGUCAGUGA